AUUAUCCUCUUUUUUUUCUCUCUGAUGUAUUAACAGGUGCUGCUGAAAAUUUUGAAAAUACAAUCACAGCAUUCAAACAUGCAAGAAGCAUUGGAAUGGAGAUGUUGGAGUUGGAUUGUCAGCUCACGAAGGAUAAGCAGAUAGUAGUAUCCCAUGAUGAUCACUUGUUGAGGAUAUCUGGAGAAGAUCUACUGGUACAAGACGUCAAUUACCAGGAUUUACCAUGUUUGUCCUGUCCGCUUGCUGUAACAUUUACGAAAGGUGACAUGUGUACAUCAGAGUCCACAGACCGGAAGAUACCACUCCUUAGGGAUGUAUUUGAAGAAUUCAAAGACUUCCCUAUUAAUCUUGAUAUCAAGAGAAAUGAUGAUGAACUAAUCAAUGGGGUUCUAGAUCUCAUCAAAGAAUACCAACGGGAAGCCAUUACCAUCGUGGGUAACUUCAGUGGCAAGAUUGUUGAUAAAGUACAUAAAAAGUUUCCAGAGGUUCCUCUCAUCAUGGGUAUGAGUAGUCUUGUAAAGGUUGUCCUGCUUACCUACACUGGUCUUCUACCAUUUUUUCCUCUCAAGGAAUCUUACAUAGAAAUACCCACAGGAACACUCAUCAAUGAUUUAGAAUGGACAAAGGAUGCAGGCUGUGCACUAAGGACUGCAUUAAAGCUUUAUGAUCUUCUUGUAAUCCGCCCUUGUCUCUUUCGCCAUCUCCAAAGGAGGGGUAUCAAGGUAUAUUUAUGGGUUCUGAAUAGCGAGAGUGAGUGGUCUCGUGCCAUCUCUCUUGGUGCCGAUGGUAUCAUGACUGAUUAUCCAUCCAAAUUGAAGCAGUUCUGUGAUGAGAGGGGGUUCUGCAACUCAAGGGAUCCUUUAUUACAGAAUAGACAUUAACAGUGGAUUGCUCCCCAUCUUGAGGCUAUUCAUGCACAUUCACUAAAAUAGCUGGACUUUUCAGUAGUAUCAUAGGCAGAUUUUUCUAGAGAAGCUUUUAUAGGUCACAUUUCAUAUAACAUUGCUACAGGUUUUGGGAAAUAUUUUCUGCUUUAGUGGUUUUUGCAGCCUCAGUGGGAAUAUAAGAUCUGUAUUCAUAGAUGUUUAAGAUACAAACUAAGCAGGGUUAAAAGUCCAUUAUUUGUCCACUUUUACAAUUUCAUUUCAGUUACACUAAACAGACUUGGCUAUUUUUUUAUGCUUAAAAACUUUGGCUGUUGACAGUACCAUCAUGAAAAUUUGCCCACAUAAUUUUGCUUGUGAUGUAUUCUCCAAAGCAUAAUCAUAUAUUUUGACAAAUCAAUAAUGUUUUCUAAAUUAUGUUAACUUAAGCAUGCCAUCUGUGGAGAUGGUUUAGGGGACAUUGAAUAAUUUGUUGCAUUUUUUUUCUAAUUAGAUAUUCUUUGUAUUAAUUUAUGGGAAAGAUUAUUUGUUUUUAAAUCAGAUGUAUUUUUGUCUCGCCUGCAUAGCCGAGCAAGACUAUCGGCGCCGAUUUUCCGACGGCGGCGGCGUCCUCAACAUUGAAAUCUUAACCAAGGUUAAGUUUUUGAAAUUUCAUCAUAACUUUUAAUAGAAAGUAAAUGGACCUAGUUCAUGGAACUUGGACAUAAGUGUAAGCAAGUAUUACUGAAACAUCCUGCCUUAGUCAUUAAAUAUUCUUUGUAUUUAUUUAUGGGAAAGAUGUUUAAAAAAAUUUAAUGUAUUUUUGUCUCGCCUGCAUAGCAGAGUGAGACUAUAGGCGCCGUUUAUGAAUCUAUUCCAUGAAACUUUGACAUAAGAGCAAUCAAGUAUCUCAAACAUCCUGUGCAAGUUUCAGGUCACAUGGCCCAGGUCAAAGUUCAUUUAGGGUCAAUGAACUCUGGCCGUGUUUGGGGUAAUUGGUGAAUUGGCAUCAUAGCUUAGAGAAAGUUUAUGGAUCUAGUCAUGAAACAGACAUAAGCGUAAUCAAGUAUAAAUGAUCAUCUUAUGUCACAUGAUCAUGGUCAAAGGUCAUUUCGGGUCAAUGGACAUAGAAUUUUAUUAUCAUAUGAAUGUUUUCUUUUGUGAAUAAUUAUUCAAUAGCUGUUUUCAAAGUCAGCACUGCUGUUAUAUUGAAUUGCUUAAAGCAGGCGAGACUGUCAGAGGCAUUCCACUUGUUACUUACUUACUGUUGGUUGUCUUUCAUAAUAUAUGUACAGUGAUUUAGUGCAUUGAUUGUGGAAAAAUUCCCCAUGGUUGUGUAUUUAAACCGAAUUGCUAUGAAUUUUUAUUCUGAUCAUGCAUUAUCUGGAUUAUUGGUACAACUGCAACUGAUUCUGGAAUAAUUUUAACCAGUUGAACAGGUCACAUUGUUUUUUAAAAGCUGCAGUGAAAUGCCAAUAAUUUUAAGGUAAAUUAUUUAGUGUGUUGAGAUAAUUUUUUAAAAUUCUAAAUAGGAAAUGAUUUCAAUUAAUGAUAUUUUUCCCUAAUUUCUUUUGAAAAAUCAUGAAGUGCAGGUCUACUACACUUAUUUCUGACUUAAUUAUGCAUAUGAAUAGAAAUGCAAUUAGAUAUAAUCAUAUAUCAACAAUAUCCUGUAGUGAUAUUGAAAAUGUGUGAUUAUUAUAUGCAAAUAUCAUGAAAUGUUUUAUUGUAGUUUAGGAUCUGAAGUUAGAUUAAUUUUAUCUACAUGUAUAUUUAUAUUCAAUCCAUGCACAUGCAAAUAUUAAUUAAUGAGUCACAUAUUUUUCUUGUGCAAUAAUGUAUCUGAUAAGAUUUUUAUAUUCAUUUGUAAUUCUAUUUUUGUGAAUACAACCCAGCACUUGGCUGCUAAUCAUGUUUAUUUUCAAUAAACCAAGUAUUAUAAUUACUUAUAUUGCAUAAAUAUUGUUCAGAUUGAUUGUAAUACAGUUUUAACUGACCUCAAUACAGGGGUUUAAUUCUAUUUUAGAUGAAACCCUCCUUAUUGGUAGAAGCCUGGUUAAGAAAUAUGAAAUACAGUUAUGAAAUUGCUCAUAUAGAUCUGUAACAUGAAGUGCCAUGAUUUUUAGGUGGGCGGAAUGUAUGGGCGCACCCUGAAAAGUUUGAAAAUAUAAUGGUGCGACAUGUAGAAUGCAUUAAUUGCUGUAAUUGCGUACCCUGUAAAAUUAUCAAUACUGUUUUUUAUUCUUGUGAAUUAUAUUGGUCAACAUACAUGAAAGAUUUUCCAUCAAGGAUAGACAAAAUCAACAAAAUAAUUUAAGAAUAGCCGAAGAAAAUAUAUAUAUAUUUUAUUAUUUUGUUGAUUAUACAUGUAUAUAUAUUUUCUUUAUAGUGAAUAUGUUUAACAUUUUUUUUGCAAAAAAGUGCAGUGUUUAACUCAUAGGAUAAUAGCAUUAUGGUGAUAAUGAAGCUUUAGAUAAUCAGGAAUACUGUCAAUAAUUUGACAGGAAAAAUUUUCUGUUCUCCCCAAAAUUAUUUGAAUUUUGUUUUUGUUUGAUUUUUUAAUGUGAAGGUAUCAAUCUUGUCUUUGUGUGUGUGUGUGAAAAUCUGACUUAUGCUUUUUCUUGAAGCAUUGAAUUGUUAACAAUCAUGUUAUAAAAUCUGAUUGCAAAGGGACAUUCCAUAAAUAGUGUUAUGAAUGUGCGAUAUUGUCCCUGUAGAGAAAAAAAUAAUAGAAACAGGAUAAAUUAAUAAUUGCAAUUGAAUUAAUUGUAACUUCUUAUAGCAAUGCUUAAUUGUACAAUCCAUUCAAACUGAGAUAUUUACAAAGUAGACCAAAGAUUUCACAAUGCACCUUAUAUGAAAUUUGUAGUGAUAUUUAUGUUUUUAUAGAACAUAUUUAUUAUAUAGCAUAGUUAAGGUGUGUUGCAGGUAGCUAACUGAUUCAGUAUAAUGUAGUGGCUAUUUAUAUUGUAUCAUUUUGCUAGUUGUGAAAUGCUUUCCACUAGCAUUUUUCUCCUUGCCUUGUAUUUAUCUUAUAUCUUUGGCAAUAUUUUUGUUUCUCUUUCUGUGCCCCCACUGCUCUCUCUUUCUCUCUCUCUCCUUCAUUUACUUUUUCUCUUUAAUACUUUUCUUUUGCAAAUUGCAUCUUCUGUUGACACUUCUUGAUAUUUAAGUACAGUAAUCAGUACUGACAGUAAUAUGUAUUUUGAUUUUUUUUUAUAGGCCACCUAUUCUGUGAACAUUAUUGCAACAAUGAAGAAUUCCUGUUCUAAUAAUAUAAUGUUUUAUUAUUAAUCAUUAAUUUUGUACUUUGAAGUAUUGAAAUUUGUAAUGAUUGUUUGAGAAUUUGAUGAAUAAAUACUUUUUUAUUAUUAUUAUUAUUACUAUAUUUAUUAUUAUUAUUGUACUUUGAAAGAGAUAUUUUUAUAAUGAUGUAUGUCUGAUUUUUGGGCCUCUAGCUGCCUGUCAGAAUUAGUUGUCAUGAUGGACAGGCAAUAAAUGAUUGCACUACUUGUAGGUAGUGUGAAAUACAGAGUAAUGCAAUAAAGAUGAAAAGAUAUUCAUAUCUGCAUUAAAGUCGUUAUUUGUCUUUUA